UUUGCUUUGGGAGGCUCUGAGCAGCCACAGCUCUCCCAGCUUCCUCCUGUUUGGGCUUUGGGCAGCGCUGAGAACAGAGCCUGCCCUUGUGUAAAGGCCAGGAUGUGGGUUUAGGACUGGCCUUAAGCAUCUGACGUGUGUGUUUUGGCCUUAAGCCCUGACCUCACAAAUAUUUAAGUCAAUGGUGUCCAGCAAAAUUGCUUUGUUGUAUACUUUUGAGGACCGUCGCAGAAUCGGGGCCAUUGGUGCGAAUAAACGUGAUAUCCAGCAAAGAAAUUGAGUUUUCAACACAAAUAGUUGUGCUCCCCAUUUCAUAACAGAAGGGUGCUCCUGCAGUCUGGGGCUGAUUUACACCAGUAAACCCUGCACGAUGCCCCCCAUCACAUUCCAGGACCUGCCACUCAACAUCUACAUGAUCAUUUUUGGCACCGGCAUCUUUGUCUUCGUGCUCAGCCUCAUCUUCUGCUGCUACUUCAUCAGCAAACUGCGGCACCAGGCACAGAGUGAGAGAUUUGGGUACAAGGAGGUGGUUUUGAAAGGCGAUGCCCGGAGGCUGAAUGUGCAUGGGCAGACCUGUGCAGUCUGUCUGGAGGACUUCAAGGUGAAGGAGGAGCUGGGGGUGCUGCCGUGCCAGCAUGCCUUCCACCGAAAGUGCCUGGUGAAGUGGCUGGAAGUGCGCUGCGUGUGCCCCAUGUGCAACAAACCAAUGGCAGGUCCAGCCCAGCCCCACGCCAGCAUCGGCACUCUGCUGGAUGAAAUGGUGUGAGCGGCCCCGCCGGUUUUCGCAGGAAAAUGAAAGCUUAAUCCUGAAGGAUUUGGGGUUUUGUGAGCCGGGGUUUGGCUCACGGUGCGUCGCUUUGUUUCGGGGAGGGGGGUAGGGGGUGUUUGUUUGUACCCCAAUGUGCUCUGCAGGGACCGCCUGGGUGGAGCUGAGAGCGUUGCUCCCUGCUCAGAGCGUUCUGUACCCCAACCCUCCGGACUCUCAGCCUCCCCCCCCUUUUGGGGGAGAAAUGUACAGGUUUGCGUAAAACAGAUUAAACGGAUGUUUGUUAGUCGGGCUGAAAUGCGAGUGUGAAAUGCGGGGCAGAAAACAGCAGGGCUGCGCAAUAACAUUGAAGCACCCUAAAAUACCCCGAAAACGGGAAAACCCAGCCGCGAACAGAACCCAAAACCCACACGAAGUUCGUUAU